UUUCUCCUUAUUGCUCGUUCGAGAAAAUUUAAAAUUAGUGAAAUAUUUAAGUACAAAUUCAAUAAUUAUAUUCCAUGAGAGUUUUAUUUUUUAUUAAAUUUUUAUUACUCCAUAAUCGUUUCCGUGUCUUUCCUUUACGGCUGUUCGAGUCUCUCUCUUGACUUAUUUUGCAUACAGGCGACCACUCUGUACCGCACUUAUAUAUGCAUUAUGCCAUCCAUGCCUCAUCAUUCACUAUAGCCUUUUUAAAUCCUCAGAAACCCUCGUUCACACAACCAACCGGAUGGAGACUAGUUCUUCAGUGAAAAUGGCGCUAAAAUUAGUGGUUCUGUUUGUGGUUUUAGCAAUUGCUGGAGCUGAAGAUCCUUACAAAUUCUUCACAUGGAAUGUUUCUUAUGGUGACAUUUAUCCUCUUGGAGUUCGCCAACAGGGCAUUUUGAUCAAUGGGCAAUUUCCUGGACCUGAUAUUCACUCUGUUACAAAUGAUAAUCUCAUUAUCAACGUCUUCAAUAGCUUGGAUGAGCCAUUUCUCAUUUCCUGGAAUGGAAUCCAGAACAGGAGGAAUUCAUUUGAAGAUGGAGUAUAUGGAACAACAUGUCCAAUUCCUCCAGGGAAAAAUUUCACAUACAUUCUACAGGUGAAGGAUCAAAUCGGAAGCUUUUACUAUUUCCCAUCGCUCGCAUUCCACAAGGCCGCUGGUGGUUUUGGAGGCAUCAGAAUCCUCAGCAGACCCAGAAUUCCGGUUCCCUUCUCAGAUCCUGCCGGGGAUUACACUAUCUUGAUCGGAGAUUGGUACAAGAAAAAUCACACGGACUUGAAGGCAAUUCUCGACCGGGGCAGAAAGCUGCCUUUCCCUGCUGGAAUUCUCAUUAACGGACGUGGUUCCAAUGGCGUCUCUUUCACCGUCGAACAAGGAAAAACUUACCGGCUUAGGAUAUCGAAUGUUGGAUUACAAAAUUCACUCAACUUCCGCAUUGAAGGACACAAGAUGACAUUGGUUGAAGUUGAAGGAACGCAUACUCUUCAAACUACCUACUCGUCCCUUGAUGUUCACAUUGGUCAAUCUUACUCUGUGCUUAUAACGGCAGAUCAAGCCCCUAAGGACUAUUAUAUUGUUGUGUCCUCCCGUUUCACCAGUACCGUACUCACCACGACUGGGGUUUUUCAUUAUGCAAAUUCAAAUACUCAGGUCUCCGGCUCACCACCUGGUGGACCAACAAUUCAAGUUGAUUGGUCGCUAAACCAGGCUCGUUCGAUCAGGACUAAUCUUACCGCAAGUGGACCGAGACCAAAUCCACAAGGUUCAUACCACUAUGGCAUGAUAAACACUACAAAAACUAUUAGGCUUUCGAGUUCUGCUGGUCAAGUCAAUGGUAAACAGAAAUAUGCGAUCAACAGUGUAUCCUUCGUGCCGGCUGACACUCCCCUGAAGAUUGCUGACUACUUCAAAAUUAGUGGUGUUUUUCGUGUUGGGAGUAUUUCUGAUGCUCCCACUGGUGGAGGAAUAUACCUUGACACGUCCGUACUCGGAGUUGAUUAUAGAGCAUUCGUUGAAAUUGUCUUCGAAAACAACGAGGACAUUAUUCAGAGCUAUCACCUCAAUGGCUACUCCUUCUUUGUAGUCGGAAUGGAUGGAGGGCAAUGGACUACUGCUAGUAGGAACCAGUACAAUCUUCGUGAUGCAGUGUCUCGUUGCACUACUCAGGUGUAUCCCAAGUCGUGGACUGCCAUCUAUGUCGCGCUUGACAAUGUGGGAAUGUGGAACCUAAGAUCGGAGUUUUGGGCUCGACAAUACCUCGGACAACAGUUCUAUUUGAGGGUGUAUACAGACUCAACUUCAUUGAGGGAUGAGUAUCCCAUCCCAAAGAAUGCACUUCUCUGUGGCCGGGCAAGUGGCCGACACACACGUCCCCUUUAACUUAACAAACAAGAAAUCCCACGACUUGCUAGGGUGAAGUUGCCUAGCUUGAGGAAAUGAAGAGUAGAAUUUGGCUAUGGAGAAAACUAUACUUUUACCUAGAUAAGGUUAUUCUCAGGUACUAAAUCAGCACCUAUGCAAUUUAUUUAGGAUCAUGUAUUUCUAGUACUUGUAAGUUAAUGACCUUAGCUCAAGGUCACAUUCUUUUAGCUUCCACCAAAUAUUUAUUAUAUCUGGUUUGUAUUUGUUUUGGAUUAUAUACCAUUAUAUAUAAUAUAAUAAUUAAGUUGUUUUUCUGU